CCCUCCUCAAUUCCUCGAGUAGUGAUCUGUGUCGCUUUGCCAUUUUUCGUAAUAAAAACAAAAACAGGUGAUCUGAGAAUUGAAUGGCUGUGUCUUCACCCACGGACCCGCGAUGGAGUUUGGAGUACGCCGAGAAUGAGUGACGAUGUUCGUCAGAGCGUCCGCCGCGAACAGAGAGAUAUUUGAAAAGGCCGGUUGAAUUGUGCAGUCGCGUGUCAGCCAAUCGGAUGCCCCUGGUUUACAAUGACAGACAGUAAGGGGGGAUCGCUGCCUGCAAUGCCAGAGCCCAAGAGUCCCACCAGCAUGAAACAGCUGUCGGAUUCACCCGGUGGACGUAAUGGUCUGGUUGAUGGGAUCACUGAUCCUACAUUGCUUAUGGAUAAAGCUGCAACCCAGCUGGCAGCAACACCUCAAGAAAGUGUUCUGCAGAUGAUUGGCAGUCACGGUCAUAACCACACCCACGAGCAUCUAAAGGACCUGACUUCCCGCUUGUUAAAUGGCGAUCAAGAAAAAAUUCCAAAGCUCUGUGCAGCCCCUGCCGGACAGCCUCUUUUGAAAGGGGUCGAACCUGUUUCUCAACAUGCCAGCCCUCCGAGGAAGACCAGCGUUUCUCCUGAACUCACUGUCAAAAUAACUAAAUGUGUGGUUAAUUUAGGUGGGAAGUCAAACCGGUAUGAAGUAGAUUAUACUGGGGAGACAGCCGAGGAGACAGAUGCACCUUUGAGACUACCAGAAGGGGUUCUGACCUCCCCAACUGCCAGGAGAGAGAGACAAAAGAAGGGUAUGGUGAGGAAGAGAAUCCCACCUUAUCCAAUCUUAACCCAUGCCGCAAGUUCUGAUCAAUCCCCUCUUUUGCACCCCACCAUAAAUUCAAAUGAUAUCACUAUUGAACCGUGUGGUCUUCCAGUUGAGUCCAUUGAGCAGACUGAUGGAGAGAUGCCUACUUGUGUAACUGCCUUUCCAGGCGAGCAACCUUUGUCUGACUGUGAAGAGACUGAUGAUGCACAUGGUGUGGAUGAGACCGAUGAUGCACAGUGUGUGGAUGAUGUGAAGGAGAGGGAUACCGAGAUUCAAUCCCAUGUGCAAUUCUCAGUGGGAGAUGUCAUCUGGACCAAAGUGUCUGGAUAUCCAUGGUGGCCGUGCAUGAUCACUACAGACCCGGAGUUUAACAUGCACUUUAGGUCAAAAGUGAAUAGCCGUACAGGAUUAUUGUACCAUGUACAGUAUUUUGGAGAUACUCCAGAAAGAGGAUAUGUUUUUGAGAAGUGCAUAGUCACCUUCUCAGGGAAACACCAAUACCAGUCACUUAGCCGCAGCAACCAGCUCCCCAUUAAUAUCAGUGGAAGGAAGCGGGCAGUUCCUCGUAAGUUUCGGCAAAAGUGGGAAAUAGGUGUGUUACAGGCAAAAGAAGCUUUGAACCUGCUAACAGAGGAGCGGCUGGCCAAAUUCAGCUUUGUUUAUGAAGAUGGCAAAGCCCAGCUCAGCCCUCAUAUGCUUCAAGUGCUUGAGGAGCAACGCAAUCAGGGACCGCAGGAAGAGCCAGAGCAGAGAGAGCCUCAGGAGCUUGUCAGCCUCACUCCACCUGACUCCACUCAUUCCAGCCCUACCAACUCCUCAACAACCUCCACCAUCCCAAUCCUCUUCUCCAACCCCAUAGACAGCAGCACUUCUUCAGGGAAAACCACCCUCCCCAGGAAAGCACGUAAACCGUCAGUGAAGACGAAUCGCCGCAAACAGCGCGGCUCGACAAUAGAGUGGAUCGUGACUGAAGCUUCCUCUGCAAAACAGAUGCCUCUGACUGAGUCUGCUGUUCAGUGUGAGGGCACUACAGAGCGCAAGAAGAAAGGAAAGACAAAUGCUGGGAAACGGCCUUACAGGAAAAAAGAUGUGCUUUGUAUUGAUUUGGACCUUCAGCCAAAAGCCUCUCAAAAGAAACCAAGACAUAUCAGGCAGAAGUUUCCUGCAGCACCAAAUUCGGUGAAGAAUAGGAAAAUUAAAGCCGGAGUCAGUAUCUGUGACACGUUAAACACGGUGUCUACUAGUGCAGGACUUUCAGAAGUAAAGGUAUCUGCACCAAGCACAAAACUCUGGGAGAAGGAGGAUGCCACUUCUAAAGGAAUGAAAAAGGUCUACAAACGUUCACGAGAGCCAAAGGAGGAUGUGACAUUGCAGCCUAAGAAGAAAAGCAAGCUUGAAAAGGGGUUUAAAAAGUGGAAAGGCCCAAAGGCAGCAUCAUCUGCAGCGGCUGCUGUUCCUGCACCCAGGGGGAGGAGGCGGAAAACAGACAGGGAUGAAAAUAGGAAACAAUCUAAAAAAGCCUCAAUAGAGGAACCUCCUCCUAAAGCCAAACGUGGCCGGAAGCGGAAAGAGGAGUCGGGCAGACAAUCGUUUCCUGCUUCCAAAAAGUGCCGCCCAUCAUCUUACCCUGAGCUGGAGAGACCCGAUUCUCCCAGUGACAGUACCGACGAGUCACAUCAUUCAAAGAAGACCGAACGCACUCCAGGUGCCAAGAAAGAGAGCGUGUGUCUGGUGUGUGAGCAGACCGGGGAGGAUCUUGUGACGUGUGCGGGGCAGUGCUAUGGCACAUAUCACCUGCAUUGUAUCGGAGUAGAACGGUCAGCAGAAAAGGUCCUGUGCACCGCCUGCAGCACAGGUGUACAUGUGUGUUUCACCUGUAAGAAGUCUGAAGGAGAGGUGCGGCGCUGCUGUGCGCUCCACUGUGGCCGUUUCUAUCAUGAGGCCUGUGUGCGGUUGAGUGCUCUGACCGUGUUUGAAAACCGAGGCUUCCGUUGCCCACUGCACACCUGCCUCAGCUGCCACUACAGCGGACGCGCCACCGGCAAGGCCACCAAAGGAAAGAUGAUGCGAUGUUUGCGGUGUCCUGUGGCCUAUCAUGUGGGAGACCUGUGUGUGGCUGCAGGCAGUGAGAUGAUCUCUUCCUCUGCCAUUGUGUGCACAAACCACUUCAGGGCUAAGAAAGGCUACAGUCACCAUUCGCAUGUCAAUGUCAGCUGGUGCUUUAUCUGCUCAAAAGGUGGCCGUCUGCUGUGUUGCGAGUCUUGUCCAGCAGCGUUUCACCCUGAUUGUCUGAACAUCGCUAUGCCUGAUGGCAGCUGGUUCUGUAAUGACUGCCGCUCAGGGAAGAAACCUAAAUACAGGGAUGUCAUCUGGGUCAAACUGGGGAACUACAGAUGGUGGCCUGCAGAGAUCCGUCAUCCUAAGAACAUCCCAACCAACAUCCAGCACCUGCGUCACGAGAUCGGAGAGUUCCCCGUCUUCUUCUUUGGCUCUAAAGACUAUUUCUGGACGCAUCAGGGCCGAGUUUUUCCUUACAUGGAGGGAGACAGAGGAAGCAAAUACCAGCAGACUGGCAUUGGGAAGGUCUUUAAGAAUGCCCUGCUGGAUGCUGAAACUCGCUUUAAGGAGAUUGAGAUGGAGAGAGAGGCAAAAGAGGCUCAUGAAAACAACAAGAAGCCUCCUCCAUUCAAAUACAUCAAGGUGAACAAGCCUUGUGGGCGAGUGCAGGUGUACACCGCAGACAUUUCUGAGAUCCCCAAGUGUAACUGUAAGCCGUCAACAGAGCGACCCUGCAGCUUUGAGUCUGAGUGUCUGAACCGCAUGCUGCUGUACGAGUGCCAUCCUCAAGUGUGUCCGGCUGGAGAGCGAUGCCAAAACCAGGACUUCACCAAACGCCUCUACCCCGAGACCAAGAUCAUCCGCACUGCAGGCAAAGGCUGGGGUCUGAUUUCACUGCGGGACAUUAAGAAAGGCGAGUUUGUGAAUGAAUAUGUGGGUGAGCUGAUAGACGAGGAGGAGUGCAGAAGCAGAAUCAGACAUGCUCAGGAGAACGACAUCACACAUUUCUAUAUGCUCACUAUAGACAAGGAUCGGAUUAUAGAUGCGGGACCCAAAGGGAACUACUCUCGCUUCAUGAACCACAGCUGCCAACCCAACUGUGAGACUCAGAAAUGGACCGUUAAUGGAGACACACGCGUGGGCCUGUUUGCAGUGUGUGACAUUCCUGCUGGCACUGAGCUGACGUUUAACUACAACCUGGACUGUUUGGGGAACGAGAAGACUGUGUGUCGCUGUGGAGCUCCCAACUGCAGUGGUUUCCUAGGAGACAGACCCAAGAACGGACAUACUUCUGAGCCCAAAGCCAAACUUCAGAAGAAAAAGCCCAAACGGAGAAGGGCCCGGAAUGAAGGCAAGAAGUCUGAGGACGAGUGUUUUCGCUGUGGGGAUGGAGGACAGUUGGUUCUGUGUGAUAAGAAGGGCUGCACCAAAGCCUAUCACCUCUCCUGUCUGGACCGCACCAAGAGACCCUUCGGCCGCUGGGACUGUCCCUGGCAUCACUGUGACGUGUGCGGCAAGAACUCUGAUGCCUUUUGCCAGCUGUGCCCCAACUCAUUCUGCAAGGCUCACCAGGAGGGGGCGCUGCGCUCUCACCCGCUCACAGGCCAGCUCUGCUGCCAGGAACAUGAAGACUCCGACAUCCGCCCGCAGACAGAGACCGCUCAACUACCACCAUCCACCAAACCACGCAAAUACAGGCGCAGAGCAGAGGCCAAAACCACCAGCAAAGCACCUCUCAAGAAGAGGCCCAGAAAAAACGCUGAGGUGUAGUGGGUUCUUGAACUGUGGAAGCUCCCGCUAAUCUCAGCUCCUGCCCCAAAUGAUUCAGUGAUAUUGACGUCGUGUUUGACUGUUCUGGAAGCACUGUACGUGUCUGAUCAGGGAAGCGUUUAACACUGUAGAGCUCCUCAAAGCUGACCAUUCAGGUCCCUUCUCGACUCGUUCUGCCUCUUCAUGAUCCACUCAAGAGUGUGUGUGUUUGUUUGUUUGUUUGUGAUGAAUGGAUGACAGGGCUGACAGACUGAACACCAUAAAUAAACAGCAUUACGGACGCCAAACUUGAAACCGAUUGAAUCUUGGCAUAGUUUUUGUUUUGUUUUGUUUUUAAACAGUAGAUAUGUAUAUGGAAAUGUAUAUGAAAGACCAAAAUUAUAAUAAUACUGGAUUUAUUGUUAGUUACCGGUGCCAAGAGUCUUUUGUUUUAUAACAAGUGUUAUCGUUAAAUAAGACACUAUGGGUAGCCAUUUCAUCUUGUUUGUAUUGUUUUAGAGCCAGUUCCUUUAACAGUAGAGCAGCACAUUUUUUUAAGCUUGGUUCAUUUUUUUUUGUACCAUUCUAGAGUUUGAGUAACCAGAAUGUUAGGAUGGUAAAUCUACCUAUUCAGAGUUUUAAAAGUGAAUCAUGACGGGCUUCUUGUGAUGCAAGAAAUAAAGGUUUUUUAAAAGCGG